AUGGUCAAAUCGCUGCAGCUAGCCCACCAAUUAAAGGACAAGAGAAUACUACUAAUCGGCGGCGGAGAGGUCGGCUUGACAAGGUUAUAUAAACUAAUACCCACAGGUUGCAAGCUGACUUUGGUAUCCCCUGACCUAAACAAAUCUAUUAUUCCGAAGUUUGGAAAAUUCAUUGAAAACGAGGAUCAUCCUGAAUAUAGAGAAGACGGUAAACGCUUUGUUAAUCCGAACUGGAACUCCUCAAAGAAUGAAAUUUACGAAUACAUCAGCGGUGAAUUCAAAGACGAAUACCUCGACCUUGAUGAUGAGAACGACGCCUGGUAUAUAAUACUGACCUGCAUACCAGAUCACCCUGAGAGUGCAAGAAUAUACCACCUUUGUAAGGAAAGGUUCGGUAAGCAGCAGCUGGUCAAUGUAGCAGACAAACCAGAACUCUGUGACUUUUAUUUUGGUGCCAACCUGGAGGUGGGAGAGCGUCUGCAGAUUCUGAUCUCUACCAAUGGCCUCUCUCCGCGCUUUGGCGCUCUGGUAAGAGACGAGAUCCGUAAUCUAUUCACACAAAUGGGGGACCUGGCGCUGGAGGACGCUGUCGUCAAACUAGGUGAGUUGAGAAGAGGCAUUAGGCUCUUGGCUCCAGACGACAAAGAUGUCAAGUACCGCAUGGACUGGGCCAAACGCUGCACAGACCUCUUCGGCAUUCAGUACUGCCAUAACAUUGAUGUGGAACGUCUGCUAGAUCUUUUCAAGACCAUGUUCCAAGAACAGAACUGUUCGUUGCAGUUCCCUCCCAGAGAGCGGUUGCUUAGCGAAUACUGCUCGUCUUGA